AUGGCCGCCGUCAGGCUCAAGCUAAACUACCAAUCGAUCCUCUAUAAACAUCACGAGUCCGACUUCACCAUCCGGCCGAUGUCGGCUACGGAGGAUGCGAAAGACCAGUUUAUGGGCACGUCAAAGCAUAACGAAGAGGACAAUGAUACCAAUGUCGAUGAGGAGUUAUGGAGCCGCUGGUAG